AUGGAGUCGCUGGUGAGGAAGUACCAGCAGAAGUACAGGAAAGUGGAGGGGGAGAUGAAGCGGUGGGACGAGCUCCAGUCUCGGCUGCUUUCUCAUUUUGGCAGCGCCUCCUCCAUCAUCGACAGGCUGGAGGUGCUCGUCUCCCCCGUUUCCUGUUCCGUUGCCGUAUUCUGUUUACUUUCUCUAGGUAUGUUCGUUAGCUUCGUAUUUCGAUUCGUAGAUGUAAAAUCGUGGCGAUCACUGGAGAUUAGCAGGGAAAAAUGAAAAACGUGAUGUGCGAUUUGUCUGGUUCUUUCCUUGAUUGCCUUGGAAAACCAAGUGGAACAAUCACUUAGGGUUUAAGGUGCAACGUUGCGGUUUUUCUCUUUAACGUUAAUGGAAGAGCUUUGAUGGUCUGCACAUUGGCGCCUCUGGCUUACUGCUGUUCAGGAUCACUUUUGUUAUUCCCAGCUCGUAGUCCAUUCAAUGUGAAACUCAUUUUUCUAUUUCCCCCUUUUAUUUUGUCCCUAAAAUUGUGACAGCUUCGUGGAUAUGUGUUAGAGGGAGCAUAAAGCCUUUUUAGAUGCUUAGGAUAACUCCGACGUCUACCCUCGCAGAGGAAUUGACAUAAAAUCACUAUUUCUGUCCAGAAGGUCUGAACACGAUCUCCAUAAGUGAUUAUUGCUGAGAAACCAAUAGAUCCAGGUAGUUAAUACGUUGUUAUGUGGGGCAUAUUCGUUCAUAUUUUGAUACGAGAAAAAAUGAUGUGUCGCUCAAAGUUUUAUUGAUACCCAAUAGAUCUAUUUAUCGUUAUUCCUGUUUUUUAUGGAGGCAUUCGGUGGAAUGCAUUUCAUAGUUUAUAAAUUUUAAUCAUGAUUUAGAAUAUCGCACAAGAAAUGACUACAAGGUCCUGGAAUUCUGAAAGUUUGCGUUCAUGGAAAACUAAAUAUAUACCAAUUUUUUAUUAAUCAUAUAAUGCUACAUUUUAAAGAAUUAUCUUAUUUAUCAUACGAAUUAAAGUAAAAGAAUACUGACAGAAGGAUAAUAAGGGAAGAAAGUAGACUCUGGGAAGAUGAGUUCUCAAAUGCAGAAAAUAAUGGAUCAUUGUCAGUCAGUAAUACUCUUCCGGCCUCAUCAUAUUAUGUACCAAUCUGAAUGGUAAUGCUGUGUUUUAAACUAUUAUUUAGCACGUCCAACAUUGACUGAUCCAAUUAAAGUUCAGGUUUUUUUUAAAGAAGGUGAACUUGAAGAAACAUGAGUAGCUGAAACAAAUGAUUGACCAUAUUUCCAUGAAAAAAACUCGGGAAGAUAAAAUGAUUUGUAGGUUGGAAAAAAAGAGAACUGAGAGCAGCCCACAAGAAGCAGACUUGUUCCUAAUCGGAUGCACAGAGACGGAGGAUGUAGCCUUUGUUGAUCCACUUUAACAUGGAAGAAAAGGUACUCUACUGAAUGAAUUUUGUCUCAGGCCCAAUAUUAGGAACAAAUCUGUAUUUUGUGCGCUAAUCGCAUGGACUGCGAAAAAUUUAUGAAAGUUGGGUAAUAUUGAAUAUAGUGCAGAAGAUAAUAUUUUUAUCGGUCCAAACUUAUGCUAGUAAAUGUACAAAAAUCAAGGAUUGCUAUCACGUUGAGACAAUAUCUCCUCUACUCUUGGAUAUUGAGCUGUGGAAAGUGCUAUUGCUGAUAGUGUGAUGAACCAUUUGGAAGGGGAGAAAGGACGAAGUGCUUAACAAACAAGCAUUUAGCAUCUUCGAAUGGACGUCAACAAAGCUAUGACUACUAGAUAUUUAAGGGAAGCCUAUUUUGGGUCAAUUUCCUUUUUGUAUAAGUUUAGCAUCCAGUGGGAUGAGUAGAGGGUUCCUUUUGUAAUUUUGCAUUUUAUUUUUCUCUGCUGCUUUGUACUUUUGGUCUCUUAACGGUUAAGCCCGUUCACCUUUAAAACGAAGAAAAAUGAUGGUAGCAAAGUCUGUACAAUGCGAUUUUUGCAACGCUAAUUAAUGAAUUAUAACUCUGUACGUCGUGAGAAUUAAGGGAGAUGAAUUAUAGGAAGCAUUAUACUUCAGUGUGGUUGACUUAGAUCUUUUAUAGAACACUGACCCUGCUAUUGGCAUGAGUUUCUUAUGUAAGUUGAUGCUUAAUGUAUACGCCCCUUUGUGGCAGUACUUCGCUUGAUAUCUGGCAUAUUUUCAGGAAGCUGGUCAUUUUGGGAGAUGAAAUAUGCAUUUUAGACAAGAUGAGAGGUUGUAGAAGGCUGGAAGCGAGUUUUGUGCCAAAUGCGAUGAUUGUUUUGAACGGGUGAAUCUUCCACAGGUUAAAGAAUGAAAGCGUCUUAUUGACCAAAAUUCCUCACAAAAAAAGAAAAAAAAAACAAGAACGUUCCCAUACACACGAGCAAUACUUCUCCAGGAAGGAAGAUUAGCUUCCGAUAUCAUGAUUUCUUCUGCAUUGAGCUUUUUAGUGUUGGGAUCCUGUGAGGGGAGGGGACGGGUCAGUGGAGUACCCGUUUAGUAGAUAAUAUUAUUCUGGGAAAUUUGGCGAAAGCUAUCAUCCAUGAUAUGUCUUUGAUGGCAUCCCCUAGAGAAGUGGAGCAGGUAAAGAGAUGGCACACUGAGAAUUGCUACUCAAUAGACUGUGACAUCCCAUUGAUCUGUUAUUUUAAUGUAGGGAAUUAAUCUGUUAUUUUAGAGGCAAAAAAUUUUCAACACAGAGAGUAGCCGGAAUAUUUGUAAUGGUGUACCAGAGUAGGAAGAUGCCUGCUGUAAUGGAGAAGAAACGCACUCUUUCAUUUUGGGAUGGUAGGUGCCUAACAUAGCUUUCACCUCAUUUGCCUAGGCUAUAGGGCAGCUGCCCAGGUUUUGCUUACAUCCCAUUGAGACUACACUUGUACACCUCUUUUUCUACUUUAAUUUUAAUGAAUUAAUAAUACGAGCCAAUAAGAAAAAAAAUACUGCCACCCUUAAUUUCUUGCUGUAUAUCCCAUGUAGAUUAUGCGCCCAUAUGGCAACUCUUCGGCUGUAUUUGUCUUGGAUUAAUGAAAUCGAUAUUAGGAGCGUGUGUACUCAUAUUUAUUCUCCUUCAAAUUUGGCCACAGGUGCUGAGAGAGAAGAAAAAUUAUGGUGGCCUGACUUGUGUUGACGGCGUUAAAGAGGCACUCCUGGGGAAGCAGCUGGAAACAUUAGAAAGAAUUUUUAGCACUAUGAAAGAUAUACUGUGAGUUUCUUCGUCAUUUGUGCCUCAAAUCUGGAUAAUAGACAUCAUCUGAAUAGAAAAUUCUACUUUUGCUCACAAUAAAAUUGCUUCCAUUGGCCUAAUGAAUAAGUUUGCUAGCUCAAGCCGUUUUCCACCUGUUUAUAUGUAUUGAUAGCCAUUUUGUAUUGAUUGAUCUUUUAUACGAGUGAAUUCAGAAUUAUUCAUUUUCAAUUUCAUUGUUAAUCAUUGUUUAUAUGUAUUGAUAGCCAUUUUGUAUUGAUGGAUCUUUUAUACGAGUGAAUUCAGAAUUAUUCAUUUUCAAUUUCAUUUUGUAUAUAUUGUCAAUGCCUAUUUAUGAGAAUCAUUUACAUAUUUCAAGUACCUAAUGUAUUAAACAAGUUAAUCAUAUUUAUUUAUUUUUAAAUAAUUAUGUUUUUAUUUACUGAUAAUUAAAUUUCAGAGUGUUGAUGCAUGAGAUGAAAUGGGUUUAUAUUUUAAGAAAAUUGAUGAUCUCGUAGAAUAGUCUGUGUUCCAUGCCUGUUGGAUUGCAGCCUAGACUUGUCCUUGUGAUUGGCCCAGCUUUUAGGGUUAGCGUAAAAGGGAUGCUGAAGUAUGCAACUCCUGGAGACAAUUAAUGAUGCCAUAUGUUUCAGCAUCAGUGAUCUGUGUUCUUGUGACCUACUAUGCCCCCUCUCUCUCUCUCUCUCUCUCUCUCUCCCCUUUUCUGUAUAUAAAUCCUUAUUAAUUUCCAUUCGGGUGGAAAUCUUUUACUGCACAUGCUGAACAUCAUCUAAAAUCUAGAUUGCCCACUGGGGAACUAUAAUAUGUUAAAAAAUGUUAUUUUUUUGGUUAUGGGACUCCUAUCAGGCAUUGAAACAAAUUCUCCGUGAACUUGUUUUUUGAUGAAAAAUAGGAAACAGUUUCAGAGUAUCGUAGUAUCUUUAGACAAGAUAUCAAAGGAUGGAAGUCAACUCUCAAAGUCAGAAUCAACUCCCAGCUCCUGCCGGAUGAAGAUCGGGAUCAAACCGAGUCUAGCAGAAUGUGUGGAAGGGCUGAAGAUGAUUCACGAGAUGCACCAAUCAGAGUGAGAAUCUUUCCGUUGUUAUUCUGAAUCUCGAUUCAUGUUUCUCAAAGGCAUCCGCACUCACUCUUCAUUUGCUUCAUAGCUAAUGCCCAUUCGGCAUGGAGUUGACUUAUGUUUCGUGAUGAUGAUGAUGAUGCCGCCUAAUAAUCAUCUAUAAUUCGCUUCCUUAUGGUUUUGCAGGUACCUGCUGAAAGUAUCAUUGAUUUCUGCGUUGACUUGGAACACCAGGUCAGCUGAGUACACAAUCCCUUUCCCAGAUAAGAUAGAACCUCAGCGGUGGCUGCUGGGCUCGUGCAGAUUAUGCCCUACAUUCCUCAUUCUGAAGUAGAAUUUCAUGCUGAUGUUUCAGUUCCAGGGAAAUAGCUGGACUCAACCAGUUCUUGGCUGAUCAGCCGAAUAUUUCCAAAGAUGAAGGUAUUAGAGAGACCUAUAAUUUAUUUUUUUCAUUCACAGUUCAAAAAAAUGUACCUUUCACGAAUGGUUGAGAGAAAUUUCUUCUUCUGUCUAGUACAAGGAAUCUUUGGCGUUAUAUUUGCCGAAGAGAACUGA